GCUUUUCAUAGAAUCAUUUGAUUUAUUGCUUUCUCGACAAUGAAGGCAUUCGUAGUAUUCGCAGCCCUCGUAGCUUUGACCGUGGCAAAGUCAGUUCCUCUGGUGCCGAGAGACAACAGCCACUAUGUGGAGGGCGAGAGCCGCUACGUGUGGAUGCCGGACGGCGAGGGCAACCCAGUGCUCGUAGACCUCGAGGAACCCGUCAAUCAGCAGGUCCUUGACAACAGCGCUAGGAAUGGAGCCAACAAUCAGUACUGGCUCUUCACGAGGCAGAACCCUACUAGCAGGCAAGUGCUGGUCCACAAUAACAUUAACAGUGUAUGGAAUUCCAACUACCGUAACACUCGUGGAUUGGCAGUCAUCGUGCACGGCUGGAACAGCGACGGCAAUCAUCGGAUGAACCCUCUCAUCAGGGAUGCCUUCCUCGCUGUGGCUGACGUCAACGUCAUUGUGGUCGACUGGGGAAUGCUCGCUAACGAGGGCUACACCACCGCCAUGUCUGGAGUCCCCAGCGUUGGACAACAUCUAGGCAACUUCCUCGUUUGGCUGAUCAACAACGCCGGAGGCAACUGGAACAACGUGCACUUGGUCGGCUUCAGCUUGGGCGCUCACGCCGUCGGCAAUGCUGGUCGCCAGACUGGUGGCAGACCCUCGAGAGUCACUGGGUUGGACCCGGCUGGUUUCCUUUGGCAUAGCAACAGCAACCGCCUCCAGCCUAAUGCUGGACGCUACGUUGAAGCCAUUCACACUGACGGUGGCCUGUUGGGUAUCAUGAACCCCAGCGGUCACGCUGACUUCUACCCCAACGGCGGCAGGAACCGUCAGCCUGGCUGUAGCAACAGUAACUGCUCUCACAGUCGCGCCGUUGACCUGUUUGCGUCCACGAUCAGGAACAACCGAUUCGUGGGAAGACGCUGUAACAACAUCAAUGAAGCUCAAAAUAAUAAUUGUAGCGGCGCUAAUUUGAACAUGGGGAACGCAAUAUUCAAUAAAUCUGGAACUGGAUUAUACGCGUUGACUACCGGUGCUGCUUGGCCUUUCUAAACGACUUCAUCAUAUGAAUCAGCAAGAAUAUAUUUCGUUGGAAUUACUUUCAUGUCAAUAUUUUAGUAGGAUAUUGUGAAAUAAACAUGACUGAAAAACUAAAUAGUU